UAUAAAUAGUGUCUAAAAUUCAUGGUUUUAGUUAUUAAUUGCUAAUAACACUCCAAGUUUGAUAUUAGACUCGGUGUUUGUAUAUAUUAUUUAUAAUUUAUAGUCACAGAGUAAUAUAUUUAAUAUAUUUAAAGUCUAUAUUAAAGUCAUAAAAUGAAUUCAAUAACCAUUGAAAUACUACUCAUUUGUGUGAUCGUCGGAAUCGUGGGAGUGUGGGGUCGACCGCACUGUGAGAUAUCGGAGGCGUCGGCCGACGAAUGUGGGAAACGAUUGAUGUUUAUCGGCGAACAGACCACUGGUCUCCCCAAGAAUGACGACGAGCUGAAGACCCGAUGCGGUCAAGUGAACGAAGGACUCGACUGUCUAAAGAAGUAUUCCAAGACCUGUUUGGAUCCGUUCGCCACACAAAUCAUGAAUAUUGUGAUCAAAAACGGCGACAAAUUAGAGGCAAAGUAUUGCAAAACGGAUAGCGAGAGAAAGAAAUUGUUGGAUGCCUUACAGUGCGCCCAGGGAUCUGAUCUAGGUCCACUGCACUUAUGUAUGGAGAAGUUUGUGGUGCAAAUGGAGCACUUGGCGGGUGUGACGGGUGACCACCGAAUACCGGCCACCUGUUGCUCAUUC